AGAAAGAGAGAGAGAGAGAGAAAAAAAAAGAAAAAAAAAAAAAGGUAAUUCGAGCGCUCAAAAAAAUACAUAAACACGAUUUAUUAAUAUGAAUUUAAUAUUUAACAUGGUAGAGGUAACAUUUUUGCUUCGUAAUAAUAAUAAUAAUAAUAAUAGUAAUAAUGGGGAAAAAAGAAAAAAAAAGUGUAUUUAGUAGGUGAAUGUGACGAGCGAGUUUACAGAUAUCGAUAGAAAAUCUCGAUUAUUUCGUAUUUCUCGGUGAUUAAUUGAUUGAUAAUGAUGAUGAUUAUAAUGAUGAUAAUAAUGAUGAUGAUGAUGAUGAUGAUAAUGAUGAUAAUGAUGAUGAUGAUGGGUAAGGAAUUUGAAAUUGAAAAGAGAAAAAGUAAUGAGAGGAAAGAAGGGAAAGGAAUGAUAAGGAGAAACAAUUUCAUUUUUAUUAUUGAAUUCAAAUGGAUAAAAAAUAUUAGGACUAAUGUCCUAUUUGAAAGGAUAUUCUAUUCGAGAUUUGUCGAGACGAUGAUGACGUCACUCGUUCUCUUCCUCUUUUCACUUCCACCUCUUUCUCUCUCUCUCUCUCUCUCUCUCUCUCUCUCUCUCAUUCUAUUUCUCUUUCUCUCCUUCUCUCUCUCUUUCUCUCUCUGUCUGUCUGUCUCGUUUGCGACAGGGUACAGGCGACGUCGUGACGCGUCGCCGCGUCUCGAGUGCUUUCGGUUUUUUUUUUUUUUAUAAGAGAGAACUUCGUAACGUAUCGUAAGAGAACGGUUUCGUAGUAGCGAGAUUUAGACGUUAGAAAGAAAUAAAUAAAUAAGAACGUACGUACGUACGUACGUACGUACGAACAACCGAACAACCGACCGACCGACCGACCAACAGAACGAACGAACGAACGAAAGUAAGAAAGAAAGAAAGAAAGAAAGAAAGAAAGUAAGAAAAUCAAAGUAAAGAAAAGAAAAAGGAAAAUGGAAGUCGUUCUUGGUCGAUACUAUAUUUGAAGUAUAAAACGAGUGUGGCGAAGCGUCGAUCGAAAAAGAUUUUCUUCUGGUUAGAACGAACGUUCACGACGUUCCUACUAGAUCCAGAGCGAAGAAAGAAGGAAAGGAAGAGGAAGAAAAGAAAGAAAAGAUAGCAAAGUGCAAUGUCGUAUCACCGCGGAGGUCAAACAGGCUCCGUAGCCGUGUCUUACAGUACCAGCCCAAUGGCACCACAUUCACCUAGCAGGCGAUAUUCAAGUGGCUCGACAUCUUCGAGUACAACAACAUCCGGUGUUGGAGGUGGUGGUGGUGGUGGUGGUGGCGGUGGUAGUAGUGGUGGUAGUGGUGGAGGUGCUAGUAGCAGCAGUGGAGUAACCGGUAGUGGAGGGAGCAGUAGUUCAACGUCCAAGUACAAUUACACCUCAAGAGAUACCCCAUCGUCGCUUCGAGAUCGUUCGAGCAUUUAUUCAUCGUCCCCAUCAUCGACGAUUCCUAGUCUUCGUUCCAGCUACGUUUCCGAUUGCAGAAGAUCUUAUUGCCAAACUGGAAGUUACUACUCAUCGGCUACGACCAGCAGCCUCCGCAGGAGCUACUUGUCGGAGUACAGCCGACCUCAGUGCUCACCCUCAAGGUCUUCGUACGGCGGUGAUACAACUGGCAUCGGUGGAAGCGUCUGUAGUACUCUGGCAAACGGCAUCAGUAGCAUCGGUUCCAGCGGGCGAUACACAUCGUCAACAUCAUCUUCCUACCUAUCAUCUUCAACCGCUUCCUCGAGGGAUCGUACCUUGGAAUCGUCGGCGUUACGUCGAGACAUUAACGCGGACAUCAUUGGAAGGUGUUCGCCUUUGGUUUACGUACCUAGCGUCGUCCGUCACUCUUCUCAGAGUGGCACUCAUCGUUGGAAGCAACAGCAACAUUCGAAGGCAGCAACAACAGGGGUUGGUGGUUCGUCUUUGAACGAAUUGAUCGGAGGGGAGGAACACGAAAGGAAACGAACGGGAAGUGUACGUCCCGAAUCUUCGCUCUCCUCGUCUUCCUCGUCGUCAUCGUCGUCCGCCAUCACAGGUGGUGGGCUUUGGUCGAGGUCUAAGGGGAGGCCACCUACCGCCGGCAGCACGGUGCUCACCACCGGUACGGGGCAUGCACGCGCCCACAGCGCAACAUCGUCCGUCGAGGUAACAAUCGCCGGUCAUCGGGCUGACGAGGACGAUGACGACGACGAAAUCGACGAUGACGUUGAGAACGACGACGACGAGGACGAGGAAGACGACGGCGACGUCAACGACGAUAAUGAUUACGUGAAUGACGAGGACGAGAACGAGGACGAGACUAACGAGCGCGAUAACGACGACGACGACGACAACAACGAGGACGACGAGGACGACGAGAACGAGGACGUUGACGCGGCCAUUGGGCCAGCGAAUGUAAACGACGACGACGACGACGACGAGGACGACGAUCGACGGAACGACAAUAACAACAAUAACGCCAACGGCAAUCUCGACGGGAGCGGCAACAGGAAUAAUACUAGCAGCAAUUCGGGCUCCAACGAGGAGGACGGAUACGUCUACGAGCAGCUAGAUUAUAACGACGAUCCGCGGCGCGACGAUGACGACGCGGAUAACAAUCGUAUCAACCGCCAUCACCACCAACGCGCUCGUCGUUCGGUCAGCAACAAACAACGUAUCUCAGUUUCCCCGACGGCCGAACGUAAUGUCGCGGCGACCAUAGCUGCCGCCAUUGUUGCUGCCGUUAGACCGCGUAACGAGGGUGGUGCUGGCGGUGGUUUGAUUCCUGUUAAUCUUGACCUGCUAACUAAUCUCGCUAAUACUAAUCCAAAUAAUACCACCGAGCAUUUGAUCGAUAACGACGAGCAGAGUAGUCAACACAAUUCCUCGCUCCAGUCGGACGAUUUUGAGAUCGACGAUAACGAGGUAAUACGUGGGGUCAACGAGAUAGCCUCGAUCGAGCCGGUCGAUACUUAUCGUCGGAAUGUUCUUUCCUCUGGAAAUCACGACAUAUUGGACAGUCUCAGUACCAAAAGCAAUUCGCCCGUUAAUCCAUUCGAUAUCGAGGAAAAUGACUUUGAGGUCAGGACUUUGUAUACCGUACUUCAGAACGGUCUAUCGGGAAGAAACUCCGAUGACCAUUCCGACGAUCCGUCCGUACCUUCGACCUCCAGCCGGCAGGAAGGACAUUUCUCUGGAAUCGACAGGAACACGGGGGCAUCCGCUAGUGGUGGUCUUACUUCAUCUUCCCCUGCAACACCUAACACGAGACAGCAAAGUCUCUAUCGCGCUGGCAACGAGCAGUUCGAGGGAAGUCCAACCAACAGACCGGUGCGUAAUCCAUUCCAAGCUCAUCGGGACGAAAGAUGUGGCUUAAACGGUUUGCGAAAUAUCGGAAAUACCUGUUUCAUGAACAGCGUAAUCCAGUGUCUGAGCAACACCAGACCACUUUUAGAAUACGUGAUGAACGAAUAUUACUUGGUCGACAUAAAUACCACAACGUCAAGUAUGAAAGGUGCUUUGAUAAAAGCGUUCAGUCAAGUAAUACAAGAAUUGUGGCAAGUUGACGGGGAUCACGUGGUCAAUACAUUAGCUUUAAAAUCUCAAAUACAAAGAUUUACGCCACGAUUCAUGGGUUAUAGUCAACAAGAUGCUCAAGAGUUCCUCAGGUAUUUGUUGGAAGGAUUACACGAAGAUGUUAAUAGGGUCACCAUUAAACCACAGCCGAUUCAUACGGACAUACCUGAUAUGUAUACGGAUAGCGAAAAAGCGGCAGAAAGUUGGAAACGUUAUCUAAGAAGCGAGGACAGCAUGGUAGUCGAUUUAUUUGUUGGACAAUUAAGAUCGUCCUUACGUUGUACAUUCUGCGAUCACGUAUCGGUAACGUUGGAUCCAUUUUGGGAUUUAAGUUUACCGAUUCCAGCUAGAAGUGGCACGGUCAAGCUCAGCCAAUGUUUGGAACAUUUUACGCGUGAAGAGGUUCUCGAUGGCGACGAGAAACCAACGUGCUCGAAAUGUCAGAUGAGAAGGAAGUGUACCAAGAGCUUUGGCAUACAAAAAUUUCCGAAAAUUCUUGUCAUUCAUUUGAAACGCUUUUCGCCAAUGGAACGAUUUCGUGGCAAGCUGAACGUAAUGGUUGACUUUCCAUUGAUGGACUUGGAUCUCAGUGCCUUUGCCGCUCCAAGAGUACCGGGUUGCACGUACAAUCUUUACGGUGUCGCCAAUCAUUCCGGUACAACUUAUUCCGGUCAUUACACGGCGUAUUGCAAGCAUCCGUAUUCAGGAGAGUGGCACGAGUAUAAUGACAGCCAUGUUUCGGGGAUAUCAGCUAAAUCGGUUGUUUCCAGCGAAGCCUAUGUAUUAUUUUACGAACAGCAGCCCCAUAGUUCUCAUUUGUAACCUCACGCCAUGUUGUUUGAUCAGCGACCAUCUUGCCUCUUGAUAUAUUAUGUACCAGGCUCGGUCCAGCCUUUUAGCAAUACUCUUCUAUCGUGUGCGAUAUUCAAAAGCGAACAGUAAAUAAUAAACUGGACGACAAGGACGGGUCACUUUACUCAGGAACGUAGCGUAUUUCGCGCGACGUCUGUGACAAAAGCCUCUCUAUUGUUCUUUUUCUUUUUCUUCUUUUCCAUUUUCUUCUUCUUUUUCUUCUUCUUCUUCUUCUACUUCUUCUUCUUCCUCCUCCUCCUCCUCCUCCUCUUCCUCUUCAACUUUUUUUUUCUCUCUCGACAAUUUCUUUCUUUUUUUUUUAUUUUUUUGCUGCUCAUGCGCGUUUUUUAUUUCUUCUUUUUCUUUUCCUUCUUUUUUUUCUUCCCCACUGUGAAAUUUUACUUUCGACGAAAUGGAACGAGUUGAGUUUAAUUCAAUCGACUUGGUAAAAAGAAAGGGGAAAAAAAGGAAAAAAAAAAUUAAUAAUAAUAAAAAAAACACAACACUCUCUCACGCUUUAAACUCUCGUCAUCCAUCAUCAAGCCGCUUUAAAUAAAGUAUUCCGAGAUUUUUUCUUGAGUCUAUGCUUCUUUCGGAUAUGCGAUAUAUAUAUGUAUAUAUAUGUAUAUGUAUAUAUAUGUAUAUAUAUAUAUACACAUAUAUAGCGCACAAAAAAACGAGGAAAAAUAAGAAAAUGCGUAGACGAAAAUCCAAAAAUGGUGUACGUGUAUGUGUGUGUGUAUGUAUGUGUGUGUAUGUCAGUGUGAUGAUGACGAUGUGUUUCAUAGAAAUUAUAUUUUUAGGGCUAUCAUUACGAACACCUAGCAAGUUUUGCGAACAAAAAUGCAAUUAUUGUCAUUAUUAUUAUUAUUAUUAUUAUUAUUGUUAUUAUUAUUAUUAUAAUAUUAUUAGUAGAAUCGAUCGUGAAAUUUUGGCUCGAAAAUGGAAUCAAUAAUUAAAAUCAAUCUUUUAUGAAAUAUUUUUAUGAGAAGAGGAAAAGAAAGAAAGAAAGAAAGAAAGAAAGAAAGGACAACGUAAUCAUGAUUUAUUAAUGUUUGUUGAUGGUGAACCAUAGGCCAUGAUGAUGCUUUGUCGUCGCCAAAGUUUAGAAACGCGCGCAUUGUACAAUCGGGUGUGUCUCUAAGUUACUUUUUAAUCGACGAUAAUAGUAACUAUUUGUCUCUUGAUCUUUUUAUUAUUAUUAUUAUUAUUAUUAUUAUUAUUAUUAUUAUUAUUAUUUAAACACCAAUGUACGUCUGAUUAAUAAUCAAUGACCAUAUUUACAUU